AUGCGUUACUCCAUCGCCACCGUUGCUGCUUUUGCCAGCCUCGUCGCCGCCGUCCCCCAGUACGGUGCCGUCCCACCCAGCGUUCCCGACUACCCAGCCCAGCCGGUUGAGUCCAAGGUCCCCGACUACCCAGCGUACCCAGUGAACUCUCCUCCUGCUCCGGAGUACCCUGCCCAGUCCGCCAGCAGCUCUACCAUGACUCCUGAGCACCCCGCUCCUACUCCUGAGCACCCUGCCCCUACUCCGGAGUACCCUGCUCAGUCCGCCAGCAGCUCUACCAAGACUCCCGAGCACCCUGCUCCUACUCCCGAGCACCCUGCUCCUACUCCGGAGUACCCUGCCCAGUCCGCCAGCAGUUCUACCAAGACUCCCGAGCACCCUGCUCCUACUCCUGGCAAGCCUGACUAUCCCGUCAACUCUCCUCCCGCUCCUGAGCAGACCGCCUCUACUCCCGGCAAGCCUGAGUACCCUGUCAACACUCCCCAGGUGCCCGUCGCCACCGAGUCUUGCGCCAGCUCCACCACCAUCACAGUCACCCUUCCCUACCCCUCUGGAACUCCUUCCGUCCCCUACAACGUUGGCCCCAAGCCUUCCGCUCCUGGCCACCCAGGUGUUCCCGGUGUGCCUGGCGUGCCUUCCGGUGGUGCUCCUUACCCCGUCCCAUCCGUCACCGGUUCCGUUCCCCAGCCUCCUGCAGGUACUGGUGUUCCCCCUGCUGGCACUGGUUACCCUACCAAGACCGGUGGCUACUCCAAGCCUUCCGUCCCUGCUGAGUUCACUGGUGCUGCCUCUUCGCUCAACGUUGGUGGCUUCGUUGCUGGUGUCGGUGCUUUCGCUGCUUUCUUCUUGUAA